UUUAAAAAAGCGCGAAUAUGGAAUCAAGAGCACCAGCAUCUAAGUCUUUAGCACUAGUUAAUCUUUUGACAAACCCUAUAACCAUCACAGCUUUAGCCCCCUUCAUGGGUAAUUUUCCUGACGUCUGGGUAUUAUUAACUUCAUUAUGCAAGCCAACUAAUGAAUUCUUUAACCAAAACCUUGAGAUAUUCUCCCGAAUUUAUUCCUGUGCUGAGUCUAAUGACAAGAGAGGAUAUUUUGAUCUUGGAACCCAGUUCAAUAAAGAGAUUACACCCAUAUUUAAGUAUUUAAGAAUUGGAAAUUUGUCAGUCAAGCUCUUAACACCAGACAGCUGAAAAGUGUUUUGUUCAUUAUUAGAAUCUGUGGAAGAUGCUUCUUCGCUCAAAUUCGAAGAAGUAGUUAUUAAAAAUCCAGACGUGAGAGAGGGAAUUGAUAUGAUUAACUCAGUUCACAACACCUUCAAGAAAUUGAGUCUUCCUGUAGAGACACUCCAAACAAAACUUCCUUUGGCAAAAGGUAAUCUAGUAAAACUUGAAGAGCUAAAAGAUAAUGAAAUUGAGUACUAUUCCAAGCUUAUUGGCUAUCAGUGAGCAAUUAUUGACAAGAUUAAGCAAGUUCAUGAAAUUGAUACUCUCGGCUUUGCUCCAGGAGAAAAGAAUGCAGGCCUGUUUUCCUAUAUCAAGGGCAAAGUGCACACUCUCCACAUCGCAUUUAAGAAUCUUGAAGAAAUAGAUGGCAAGCAAGAUCUGAAACUUGAUAAAGAUUUUUCAGAAAGUCUUAAAUGUUUGAAUAUUUUGGAAUAUCCUAGCGAAGAUGUAGAGGAUUUCAGCCCUUCUUUUGAUAGCGUACCUGCUAUGCUGAGAAAAUUCUUCCCUAAUCUAGAUAAAAUCAAGUACAUUGAGACCAAAUCAGAGGGACAAGUCACAGUAAAUUGAGAUGUCUGGGGUUAUGGAACAUCAUUCGAUAAUGAGCAAGAUGGAGAAAAUGGUAUCUUCCUCAAAGAUGUCAAGGUCUAUUAUUAUGAGGGCGAGAAUAUCCGAUGCUUUCAAGUAGAUAAAAUGCUCUUAUCAUCCCAAAGCUUCUGUGACAUGUAUCAUAUAUCUAAUGAAUACUUCUUUAUUGACACUUCAAAUAUGGAUUCAUCUCCUGAUUUUAGCUUUGAAAAUGCAAGAAUUGUGGAAGAAUUUGAUAAAGAUGAGAUUGCAUCCCUAAUGACAUCAGCAGAGAAUGAUUUUGAAUUACAAGAUCCCAUUUACAUGAUAGAGAACAAAAAUAUAAGCAAGAUUUGCUUGCCUGAUAACCAUCAUCUAUUGAAUGACAUUCUUCAGAUAGAGUCUGAUGAUAGCUUUGCUGUCAAGACUGAGGAUACAAUGAUACACAAGACCUUGAAAGAGCUAACAGUAGACUUAACUACUUCUGGGGAUGGUCUGGACGUUCUCCAACUUCUCAAAAAGAUGAAGAUCCCAUCUCUGCAUGUCCCAGUUAAUAAGACUUUCAGUUGCACCCUCCAAUUCGUGACCCUCACUUUUGAAGAUGUAAAGGCUUCGAUGUUUGGAGCAGCUGAUGGUGAUGAUAGUGGCAGGAAAGGAGAUAAUAGUACAAACAUGAAGAUACUUGAGGAUGUUAUUGGGAUGAACCCGACCUACCUCAUUUUGUACAGAUCUUUCUUGUUGAAAAUGAUGAGUAAAGAACAGAAGAACAAAAUUGUUAACAUUUUGUGCAACCCCCUUCUUGAAACAAUUGAGUUACAGGAGAUUGAGGAAGAGGAAGACACUCCUAUUGACUUUGAAGCACUUGAGGGUCCAAAACAAGAAGAGAAUAAGGAGGAAGAGUUAAUACAGAAUGAAGAUGAACUUUUGGGGAAUCCUGAACAAGAGCAGAUUGGAGAGGAUGAUUUUGAUGAUGAUAGCAUUUCGUAUAUUGUCCUGAAGAAUAGAAAUCCUAGAAAAAUGAGAGCAAAAUUAAUCGAAUUUAUGGGAUAAGCUCAAUACGCUGAUCUAAAAA